AGCCAAUUCGGCGCCUGCUGCUGGCUGCGAGACCUUGGCACCGUCGUCGCUGGCGUCUAUGUCUCCACCACGAUCGCUGCCGUCGACGCCCGCUCUAUUUCUGUUCCAGGGCGACGACUGGGCAACGCUCGAUACUUCACGACGCGGCUUGGUGAACUCGGGCCGACGGGGCAUCUGGCAACGGCCCCUCCGAGCCAUCCGGGACCUGAGCGAAUCGCUCUUUGGGCAAGCCAAGACGGGACCCAUCCAGCUCGACGACGUGACCCGCGAGGCCUUUGCCGGCCCCACUGCCGCCAGCCCGUCAGGUCACCUUCGCGAUUUUGAAGAUGAGUGGGCGGAUUUGGCCCUGCUGUUCCGCAAGUCGCUGCUCGCGUUGCUGGCCGUCAACAUAGUGUACUACACUUUCGAAACCAUCACGACGAUCGAUUUGUUCCCUUCCAGCCACGAUACAAUCAUUCUGCUGCUCGGGUUCAUGAGCCAAGACCAAAAAUCACUUGCCGGGCUCAAGCUGUACAACCGUCUCUCGCUCAUGUCGGUGGCGUUUGAUCUGGUCGGCAGAAUCUCUGCAUACAGUUAUGAUGACUGGUGGAUCGCUCUCAACCUGGUCAUCGUCUUUGUGGUCGAGACGACACUCAAGGUCUUCUCGAUGAGGGUCAGUCGACUGCUCAUGAAAUCGAUUGUUGCCCAGCGUCAAGUCGACGGAGUGCUCAUCAGAUAGAAAGCACGCCAUUGGCAUCGGCUGAAUGCAAGUGCAGGGCACAAAUUCGAGGGCAAGUGCAGUAACAGUGCCGGCCACGUAACUUUGAAUACAGCAUCCCGAACGGAAGGGGAGCACAUUCAUCUUGCGAGGGGAGGGAGUUUGUAGCGUGGUGACCUGACGGUGGGUAGCGUCGUCUCGUUCGGACCAAAAUACACCUGGGCUAAAUCACAUCAUACACCCGAUCUGGAGCGACCACGAGAGUAUACCA